GUCAGAUCAACAACUGCAGGAGAGCGAGAGAGACCAGAGCCUCCGGCAAACACCCGAGCAGAUCCUCUAAUUCCAGACCGACCCCCCACGUCACCCCUCCCCCGAGGCCAUUUGUCGGAUUGCUCUGCGUCCACCAUGUCGACGGCCGUGGAAGCGACCGGGUUCGUGAUGUGCAUCGUCAGCUGGCUGAUCACCGGCUCCGCGCUGGCCAACGACUACUGGAAGAUGUCCACCGUGUCCGGCAGCGUCAUCAUCUCCCAGCGGCAGUUCGAGAACCUCUGGCACUCCUGCGCCGAGAACAGCGCCGGCAUCGCCGAGUGCCGAGACUUUGAGUCGCUGCUCGCCCUCCCCGCUCACAUCUCGGCGAGUCGUGCCCUGAUGAUCAUGUCUCUGCUGCUCGGCCUCGGCUCCAUGGUCGUGGCUCUGCUCGGCCUGAAGUGCAUCAAGAUCGGCUCGGCCACCGACCAGUCGAAGGCCAAGAUCGCGGUCGGCGGCGGCGUCCUGAGCAUGCUCGCAGGUCUGUGCUGCAUGAUCGCCGUCUCCUGGUACGCCUACAGGGUCGUGCAGGACUUCCACAACCCGUUCUUCGGCGGAGUGAAGUUCGAGCUGAGCACGGGGCUCUACAUGGGGUGGGGCGGAUCCUGUCUGGCCAUUCUGGGUGGAGCUUUUCUCUGCUCCGCCUGUAAGAGGGCGGCACCUAAAGGAAUGAAAAGGUACGAGCACACCUGAGUUCUCCUGCGGUUC